AUGUCUGCACUUCAUGUCAGGGACAUCAGAUCAACGACCUGCGAUGACUUUCCCAAGCCUUCAGUCCUUUCAGGGAGCAGUGUGGAGAAUCGGGAGGCGAGGGAGCGAGGACAAGGGGCGGCCCGCGAUUCUCCUCGGUGCCUCAGUGCGCCUGGAGAAGUGGAUUUCAGGAGUGUUGUGUGCUGUAUUAAUCUUACCCGUUUUUUAAAACAGGUAUCCAAACCACUGAUGGAAAAGAAACGGAGAGCUCGCAUCAACAAGUGUUUGGACCAGUUAAAACUGCUUCUGGAGAGCUUCUACAGCAGCAAUAUUCGAAAACGCAAACUGGAGAAGGCCGACAUCCUGGAGCUCACUGUGAAACAUCUGAGGAACCUCCAAAGGAUUCAGAGCUGCUCUGUCGGUGCCUCCAAGUUUUCUGAUCACCAAACCGGCUUCCGAAGUUGUCUUGCAAACGUCGACCAGUACUUGAUCAUGGCGGACACCUUGAACGGGGGCGACCGCUGGAUGGUAUCGCAGCUCUCCAGUAAACUCAGCCGCUCGCUGCAGGGACGAGGGCAGGUCUCCAGCACCAUGGACAGCAGCCUGGUCCGCUCUGAGGCCCGGGUGGAGGAGGAGGAGGAGGGGGAGGAGGAGAAGGAGGCGCUGAGGCUCCUUCCACCUGCGGCUGGACCCGAGGAGGGAAUCACGGCCAGAUCCAAUGUACAGAAACUCAACAGCGCAGGCACGUCUCGUUUCCCAACGAGUGAGGAGGCACGACAGUCCCGUGGAGCCAAACAGGCUGUCGGUGUUGAAAACAGUCCCAGUCACAAGAAGCGUCUCUCGGUCAGCCACAGGAAUGAAGCAGCGCACAGUCAACACAGUGUCUGGAGGCCUUGGUAG